AUGGAUGAAAACGAAUUCGUAAUUCCGGUAACAGCUAGAAAAUCAUUAUGUUGUAUCGUAUGCACCGUUGAUUGCGAUGACAUAAAACUUUCAUCAGCUAAAUCAUCAUGGCACUGGCAAAAAUUAAAAUGCAGAUUGCUUAUAUACUUACUGAAAGAUAAUUUUAUAGUUGGAUCUCCGAUUCCCCGAAGCAAUACUUCUUUUUAUAUCAUUGUAACUAAUGAUUUCUACAAAAGUGACACGUUAACCAAUAUUAUUAAAAAAUUAAACCUUCAUGCAUCGGAACCACAACCAGUCACAGCUCGAGCAUACAUCACCUGUAUUAGAUAUACGAUCGAUUUUUAUUUAUCACCAGAGUGGAAUAAAGUAGCUACACUUUAUUUUCAAGGAGAUGAUUUUUGGAAAAGUACUGAGCGUUCUACAGCUGUACAAGCUAUUAUUAAUUUAAUCACUCCUGAAAGAUCAGACGUUGAUAAAAUUGCAAUCAUAUUAACUCCUGUAAAAGCAAAGCUGCCCUCAUUAAGACUUAAUGAUUUUUGUAUUCCUCAUUCAGUCAUAUCAGAUUUUUUAGCUGACCCAAAUGGAGUAAUUGAUGUGAGUCUUUUUGGUAAUGAACGAGUUGCUGUUUUGCCAAGUUUGAAACUUGGAAAAGUUUUAAGAAUAAUGAAAAACAUUCCAUCGACAUGUCCGUAUCAGAAUUGGACAGAAAUGAGACGUUUUUGGAAAAAUAUGUAUGGAUACAGAUUACCAAAAACAUCUGAGGGAAUUUUAUUCUAUGACAUUAAGUUUCCAUCUCUCACACCAAAUGAUCGAUUUAUUUAUCCGGAUAUUUGUAUAAGAUCAGGUUUGCAACAGUAUUCUUACGGUGCAGGCGCUGAAGCAGUUGUAAAAAAUUUUAUGACACAUUUAACAACAUCUAUGCCAAAGAUGUGCAUUGAUAAGUUAAUUGACCAAAAUUUAAUGCAGAUCACUCAUCAAGUCGAUGAAACUACAACUGAAAUGAAAACUCCAGUGAAUCAGCAAGAACAUUCCUGUCUCGUGAAAUCUAGAAAGCUUUCUGCUCCAACUUUAUUGAAAGACUGCAAUAUAGCAUCAAAAUCUGAUACAAAGUCAACCUUAACAGAACUAAAAAUCAAUGAGGAAGCUUCAGAUGUUAAAUAUUCAGAACCAAAAUCAGCUACAAUUGCAAACAACAGACAAUUAACAAAUUCAAUGUCUCCAACAAAAAGUCUUUUAAGAAAGCCAGUCGAGGCGCGCCCGUUGAAUUAUGAUAAUUUAAAAAAUAUUGAGCAACUUUAUCAGCCAAUAACUCAAACUCAACGACCACGAAUUAAUAUUUUUAAAAAUGCUUCAAGAUUUUUUACUGACGAUUCUAAGGAAGCACGGAUGAGACAAGCUGCUAGUGUUUUUUCAUCAGGUCUAGGUGGAGACUCAAAUGAAGAUGCAAGAAGAGUAUCAUCUAAGCCCAACGAUGAAUUAUUAGGUGAAUCAGACGGGAAUGGAGAUUUUACUGGACUGUAUUGA